UCAGACACAUGGAAACUUCUUCCACAGAUUGUGUAAAUCUUCAGAAUACACUCUUAUCUAAACUCAGUUGUAUUGAAUCGGUUUAAAAAGAUGUUUCUGUUUAUUCGUAAAAGAGUUCACGAAGACAGUGCAGGUGAAAGAGAAAGCAGGGAAAUGAAGAUGAGAUUCCUGGGGAGGACCUGUCUCAUUGUCUUGAGUUUGCUACCAACUGUUUCUACACAGAGAGGUCGAUGGACUGUCGUUGGCUCUAAUCAGCCUGUCAUCGCUUAUCCUGGUGAUGAUGUCAUCCUGCACUGUCACAUGUCACCCAGAGUCAGUGCUGUGGACAUGGAAGUGAGGUGGUUCAGGGAGAGAUUCGACAGGCCUGUUCAUUUAUAUAUAAACCAAAAGGAUCGGCUAGAAAAACAGGACAGAGCUUACCAGGGCCGCACUGCUCUCUCUCCCUCUGCACUGCGGACAGGCGAUAUCUCUCUGAGUCUGAGAAACCUCCAGUCCUCUGACAAAGGCAUCUAUAACUGCUUAGCUGAUGAUGGAAGCUGGAAUGAAGAAGGACAGACUGAAGUGAUAGUUGCAGCUCUGGGGACCCAGCCCUCAAUCUCUAUAGAUGCUACACAAGGAGAGCAGACCCGGCUGGUGUGCAGAUCAGAGGGGUGGAGCCCUGAACCUGAAGUGAUCUGGAGAGACAGGGAUGGAAACGAUGUGACAUCACUGUCCAAAACAACAGUGCAGAGGGACAGUCAGGGGCUCCUCAGUGUCAGCAGCUACAUCAAAAUCAAACAGCAGUCCAACGUGUUCUCUUGUCUGCUUAGAAGUAGAACACCAAAACCAGAUGGGGAAUCCAAACUCCACAUAUCCAGGGAUUAUUUCCCAGGAGUCUGUGGAUGGAAGGUGGCUUUCUUCUUGACUUUAGCUCUCAGUAUUGGAGCCAUUCCUCUGCUGGUGAUCCAAUGGAGAAGAAUGGAUGCCAUGGAGAGAAAGUCUGAGCCUAUGGCUGCCCGAUAUCGUAAUGAGUGCCUUCGUAAGGAAAUUGAGUCUAUGAGGUCUGUCCCUAAAUCAGAAUGGAAGUGGAUCCUCAGUUCAGCAGCUGAUGUGACUCUGGACCCUGAUAACGCACACCCCCUGCUCACCCUGUCUACGGAUGGGAAACAAGUGAGAAGGGGAAAGAUGAGGCAGGAUCUCCCUGACAAUCCAAAGAGAUUUGAUUACAGAUCUUGUGUGCUGGGCAGGGAGGGCUUCAACUCAGGGAAACACUACUGGCAGGUACAGGUGGGGGAGGAUACAGACUGGAGAUUAGGAGUCAGCAGAGAGUCUGCCCAAAGAAAGGGGGGGUUCAGCCUAACCCCCCAGCUGGGUUACUGGACUGUGAAGUGGUAUGGAAAGGAGUUCAUUGCUGAUGCUGCCCUUGCGACCCACCUCCCCCAGAGCCUGAAGCCCCAGAAGAUGGGGCUGUAUCUGGAUUAUGAGGAAGGGCAGUUCUCCUUUUACAAUGUGGAGACCAGAUCUCACAUCUUCACUUUCACUGACAUGAAGUUUAAACCCAAUGAAAAACUCUAUCCAUUCUUCUAUACUUGGGACAACAAUAUAGAUCUUGUGCUUGAGUCCCCUGUUACUAAAGUCUAUGGUGGGGGAGCGCUUAGAGGGUCCCUGUUACUACAAACUUAA